UGAAAUUAACCAAGAGCCACCUUUAAGUCGCCUAUUUGUGAAAUACAAUACAAGUAGGAUAGAUCUUUAUAGAGGGUUCUUCUAGUCAUCUUCUUGCUUUAGAAGAUACUUCCUCCGGCAUAUCAGCGAUUAUUAUCGUUUCAGUUAAGUAAACUGGAGAAGAUUCGUUACAUACACGCUGAUCAGGACUAGUUAUUUGCACAAAUGAUUUCAAAGAGACCUGAAUUGGAAUUUCGACAAAUUGCUUCUGAGCGACUUUUAAGUUAUGAAGUAAAAAAAUGGAUCAACGAUGUCACUGGCUUUACGGUCGCGUGUGUAAAUACUCCCACUACUAGAGUCAAUGGCUCGUUUGUCGUAGCUACCGAAGCUCAUGACAAUUCUGGUUGUCCUCACACUUUAGAGCAUUUAUGUUUCAUGGGGAGUAAGAAAUACCCCAUGAAUGGCAUCCUAACCAACUUCGCUGGAAGAGCAUGUGGUGACAUUAAUGCUUAUACAGACGUUGACUGUACAGUUUACGAGCUAUCUUCGGCGGAAGAAGACGGAUUUCUAAGACUGCUUCCUGUUUUUGCCGAUCAUGUGUUAUUCCCACUGCUUAGCGAGGAUGCUUUUUGCACAGAAGUAUAUCAUAUUAAUCAGUUCGGGGAGGAGUCGGGAGUCGUGUAUUCUGAAAUGCAAGAUUCUCAAACUUCUGAAGUUGAUGUUAUGUUUGAUUGUAUUAGAACAAAUCAAUAUCCCCCUUCCAGUGGUUAUUUCUACGAGACAGGAGGGCACCCGGACGAGCUUCGUAAACUAUCUAUUCAACAGAUUCGUGAUUACCACAAGUCUAUGUAUGUUCCCUCAAAUAUCUGUCUCGUCGUUGCUGGUUCGAUAAACGAAGAACGCCUUCUUGAAACUUCUUCUUCGAUAGUUAGAGAUAUCAUUGAAAAUGAUUUAAAGACUCCUGAAGGGUGGGUACGACCAUGGUCCCAAAAAGACGGUAACGGUCAAAUUCCUAAAUCUUUAGUCAAAAGUGUAAACUUUUCUUCGGAAGAUGAGUCGACAGGUUCGCUUUCGAUUGCAUGGAAUGGUCCUACUUUAUUAGAUCAAUUUAAAAUAUUUGCUAUACAAACAAUUUGCGAUUUCCUCAGCGAGUCAGCUGUGUCUCCUCUCAAACAAGCUUUCGUUGAGAUCGAAGAUCCAUUUUGCUCUUUCAUAUAUUUCUACGUUUUUCCAAAAGAUCCCUGUUCCAUCCAAUUAUUCCUUGACAGUAUUCCUGUCGAAAAGAUAGAUGGUUUGGUUGAGAAGGUUAUAUCUCUUUUAUCCAAUCUCCAAACUAUCGACAUGAAGAGACUGCAUGAUUAUCUGGAUACCCAAAAAAAUCAGUAUCUUACCGCGCUAGAGGUGACUCCACGCUUAUUAUUUACAAAGAUUCUUACACUCGACCACGUUUACGGCAGUAGAGAUGGGUCAGAUAUCUCAAAGUUUAUGGAGAGUUUGUCCUACAACGAGGAAUUAAAAAAAUGGACCGAAAAGAAUUGGGUAAAUCUUAUUCGUUCUACUUUUAUCGAAAAUAAUUCCAUUUCAGUUUUGGCACUGCCUUCAUAUGAAAUGGCGGAAAGAGUUAAGCAAGAAACCAAUAAAACGUUGAGUGAUAGAGUAAAUACUCUUGGUAAAGAAGGUUUGGAGACUAUAAAACACAAGCUCGACUCUGCGAAAGCAAUGAACGAGCAAAAGCUUCCUUCUCAUUUAGUUUCCUCAUUUAAAAUUACUCAUCCCAGUCAGAUACAUUUUUAUAACUCUACAACGGCGAAAACAAAGUGGUCAGGACAAGCUUUUGAGAAUGAUGUUCAAAAGUAUGUUGAUUCUGACGAAAAGAAUCUUCCAUUAUAUGUACAAUUUGAUCAUAUAGAUUCAUCGUUUGUUACUAUUGUUACGUAUUUCGAUACCGCUAACAUCCCUCCGGCUUUGAAACAAUAUCUCUCCGUAUUUGCUAAAUACAUUUUAGCAGCUCCAGCGGAAUUAGAGAAUCUGGGAAUUAUUUCCCACGAGGAGGUUGUAAAGCGAUUGGAGCGUGAUACCGUGCUCUUUGAUGCAUCUUUAUUAUUUGACAAGCCUUCUUGUUCGUAUUCUUACUAUGAAACGAAGCGAGAAUUGUUUUACCUUGAAUGUCGGGUAACUAGAGAAAACUACCAAAAGGGUAUCUAUUGGAUAGGAACAUUAUUAACGGCAACUUUAUGGGACAAGAAUAGGCUGUUGUCUGUUAUAAAUCAACUGUUGGCCGAUAUUCCUUACCAGAAAAGAGAUGCUGAAUGCGUUCUGCCAUCCUAUAUUGACAUAAGACUGUACAAUGAAUACUCUUUGAAGUCUUCUUUGAACACAUUAACUCAAGAAAAGGUUCUCCGUGAGCUUCGUCAAAAACUUAUUAACAACCCUGCGGAGGUAUUUUCGUUCUUUGAUGAUUUGAGAAAGCAUUUAUUGCAAUCUAUGUGCCCACGAGUACAUGUGGUAGGUAAUAUACUUCAAACGGCUAAUGCCGCCUCGUCCUGGACGAACUUUGUCACUCAAAUCCUUCGAAAGAAGGCCCCAGGAUCUCAGAUCCCAACUUCUUUUUCAAGACUUUACUUGCAAGAAGACGAAUUUAAGUCACAUAGCUCUCUAACGGUUAUACCUAUGCCUUCUAAUGAAAGCAGCGAUUUAGUUGUUGCCAUUCCCGGCAUUAAAGAUUGGAAUGACCCCGAUCUUCCCAUAGUAGUUUUGAUAGCAAAUUAUUUGGGUUUGAUGGACGGUCCUUUUUGGAACAGAAUACGUGGUUCUGGCUUGGCAUAUGGAUUCAAUAUGGGAAUAGACAUUGAUGGAGGAUUACUAUUUUACUCUAUCUUAACUUCAUCGGACGUUUAUAGAGCUUGGUCAUCUAGUAAAGAUCUUUUAAAAUCAAUCAUCUCUGGAAAAGUUUCAGUUAACAAUUUUGAUUUGGAGUCCGCCAAGUGCAUGGCGUACAGUACAGUAUCGGAGCUUGAAAACAAUGCCUUUUAUUCUGCUAAGAACUCUUUUACUUUGCUUUCGAUCAAAAAUUUAACGAAAGAUUGGGAUCGCAUCUUUUUGGACAGGAUUGCUGCCGUUACGAUUAAUGAAUUUAUGGAAAGUCUUAAAAAGUACUGUUUACCAUUCUUUUCUCCAAAAAACAAUUUGGCUGUUCUAACGUCUUCACUGUCAAGAUUAGAUCAAACCGUUUCUGAGUUUCAGUCUGAAGGAUUUGAUGUUAGCGUGAAAAGUAUUCAUGAGAUUCAAGGUUUGGAGCCUAGCUCAGAUGAAGAAUCAGAAUCAGAUGAAGAUGGUGAAACUGCUUCUGAAGCUUCUGAGGAAGAAUAACUAUGGUUCAUUGAGUAUUAACGGCGAUUUGCUAUUUUUCCUUCUGGACUAGUAUAAAUUAAAAAUGUUUAUUUAUUCAAUACUGAAUGUAUCUAACAGAUACAAAAUAAGAAAUUUUCAAUUCUUUUAUUUUUAGAUCUUG